CCAUUUUUUUAUUCUCGGUCUCUCCUCUUUCUGGCUCUCUGCAAUUCCUCUCCCUCUCCUAUGGCUGAAACCUCUGCUGCUCUCUGCUUCUCACCCUUCACUUCCCUCUUCUCCUUCAUUCGCGCCAAAGACUCCUCUUUCUCUUCAUUCUCCACCGAUUUCCCUCCAAAAUCUCCAAAUUCCCACCCUUGUCCCUCCCGCCUUCUCCGGUUUCCCGCCAAAUCGUCCUCCGAUUCGUCCAAUUCCUUACCCGACGAUCUCUUCGGCUUCUUUCCUUGGUCCAAUGACUCUGAAAAAAUUGAAUGGGUUCCUGAAGAGAGAGUCACAUUGUUCACUUCUGAUGGACUAAUUCAAAUUGGAGGCUCCAUGGUCCCUCGACGUCUCACUUCUUCGAAUAAGAAGCAAGGUCAGUCAAAGACUAAUCAAAGAUUUCAGAGAUUUAAAGAGAGUGAUUACAUGGACACAGAGCAGGGUUUGUGUCUGGGUGCUCUAUUCGAUAUUGCAGCAACAAAUGGCCUUGAUACGGGCAGGAGACUUUGUAUCUUUGGCUUUUGCCGUUCCAUUGAGAUGCUAAGCGAUGUUGUGGAAGACACCGUUUUGGAACACGGUGGCGAGGUUGUUGCUGCAGAGAAAGCCAUGAAAGGUGGUUUGCAAGAGAAGCUAAGAAUGACGGUUGCAGUGCCGUUACUUUGGGGGGUCCCUCCUGCCGCUGAAACACUUCACCUUGCCGUAAAGAGUGGCGGAGGAAUUGUAGACAAAGUUUAUUGGCAAUGGGAUUUCUUAUAAAAAAAACAAAAGAUUAGCAUCCCUUCCUUACCAUUAUUUGUGCAUGUUGUACAUAAUAUUGUUUUAUUCCAAAUCAAAUCAGCCGUCUCCAGUUUCUUACCA